AUGGAAAACAACAAGUACUACACUGCCUGGAUCAAUGGCAUGCAAGUCCGAUACCAACACAGAGGUGUCAACCGUGAGGUCAACAUCUACCUGGAAGGCCGCCCUGAGCGUCUUCGAAUUCGUGUCUACAAGGACUUUGUCCGUGUCGAUGUGGACUACAAGGUCAACCCCGAACACUACAAGGGAGCCCUUGGAUUGCUGGGAAGCUUUGACUUGAAUGGCAAGCGUGUUGGCCGUGACGGCCAGACCAAGGUUGCCGACUUCAAUGAGUUUGGACAAGAAUGGCAGGUCCGUGACGAAGAUCCCAAGCUUUUCCACUCUUAUGAAGGUGCCGUUGUCGCUCCCAACAAGUGCAAGCUUCCUGAGCUCACCGCCAAGUCGAUGCUUCGCAAGCGCCGUCUGAUUGGUGGUCUUUCGAAGGAUGCUAUUGAAAGGGCAUGCGCUCAUGUGCCAGAGGGUGAACAUGAAGAUUGCAUCUAUGAUGUCACUGCCACUCAAGAUGUGGGUAUGGCUAGUGUUUUCUAA